CGAAAGCCGCGUCCCCUCGUAUUCCUUUUUUCUUAUUUUCUCCUUUUUUACAGCACAAUAAUCCCUCUUUUUCUCACGUUAUAGAAUUCCUUUCAUAAAUCAAUCAAUCUGGAAUUGAUAAAUGAGAACCUCGAUCGAUGCCCUUCGAAUUUGAAUCCUCUCAGAUUCUGAAACCAAACCCUAGAUUUUCGAUUUUCUCUGAAAACCCUAAUAUCGCUCCCGGCAUCAGAGCCGAAGAAGUUCAAGCCCUUUCACGGUCGAAAAUGGCGGAUUUCUUCGGGUACACGUCUUACAGGCAGUUAGGGCAGCUCUUCGCAGCAGUUGCCUUCUUUCAUGGCUCCGAAUAUGCCCUGGCCGUCGCCAUCCACGGGAGAUUCCGUGUUUCUCUCAGCUCACUUCUGAUCAGCAAACACUAUCUUUUGGCAAUGGCUUUUGCAUUGCUAGAAUAUGUGUUAGAGAUUUUUCUAUUUCCGGGAAUGAAGGAGCUUUGGUGGAUAAGCAACAUUGGCCUUAUGAUGGUGGUAGUUGGGGAGGUCAUACGUAAAACUGCCAUUCUAACAGCCCGUCGUGCCUUCACACACAAAAUCAAGAUUUAUCACGAAGAGCACCAUGAGUUGGUCACUGAUGGAAUCUAUAGAUUCGUCCGUCACCCAGGAUAUUGCGGCUUUUUCAUCUGGGCACCUGCUACUCAGAUAAUGCUGUGCAAUCCCAUCUCCACGGUCGGUUUUACUUUGGUUACUUGGCGCUUCUUCUCAACACGUAUACCAUAUGAAGAGUUCUUCUUGAGGGAGUUCUUUGGAUCUGAAUACGAUGAAUAUGCACAAAGGGUUCCUUCUGGCAUCCCUUUUGUAAAGUGAAGAGAUAUUCAGUGAGUCCCGCUGGCUCGUCAUCAGAAUGUUUGGGUCACUGGGGCUUCAUCUCAUCUGAAAUUGAUCAGAUGUGCAGCUGGUGAAGCACGUGUUCUUGUAUUCUCUAACAAUUGGUAACUUUCAUCCAAAAGUGACCAUGUAAGAACAGACGAAACGAUUUUUUUAUGCAUGGCUGCUAGAAGGAUGAAGGUGGAGGAUGCAGGCGUGGUAGCUGACCAUGUAAAAGCUUUAGCAAUUCAUCCACAACUGAGCAUCGUGAAACGUCGAGGCUGUUUUUGGUUUGAUCCUUUUAUUGCUCGGUUGCCAAAG